UUUGAUGAUAUAUAUGUUCAAAAUGCAAAUAGUACACAUGACAAAUCCAUCUCUUCACAGACCCAUAAAUAGGUAAACAUCUAUCCAAACACCUACCUUCCCAAAAACAUUAAAGCCCAAAUCCAGACCACAAUGGACUGUGGAUUGUUUUUAAACACAAACUAUUGUUUUCUUUUCUAAAUUAUUUCACUAAAAUUUAAAUGUCUUUUUAAUUCGUUGAGAAAUAUAGGUAAAAAUAUAAAUAAAAAAAGUAUCAUCAAUAUCUGUAAAUUAUAUAUAACCGCCUCCACCCAGGUUUCUCUCUCUGAAACGCAGUUUAGCUCGUUUUCUCUCUUCUUCUACCGGGCAGCGAUAAAACGAAAAUAAUAUUUCAAAGUAUAUUGUAUACACUAACGAAAGAGCUUGAUGAAGUUCAAGUUUGAUUACCAAGAGGAAUGCAUAAGAAACUCGAGAGACGUUGAGCUGUUCGCUUGCAGAUGGGUUCCAUCCACUUCUCCUCCCAAAGCUCUCAUCUUCCUCUGCCAUGGCUACGGGAUGGAGUGCAGUGGCUUCAUGAGAGAAUGCGGGAUAAGGCUGGCUUCAGCAGGAUAUGCGGUAUUUGGAAUGGACUACGAAGGUCAUGGUCGAUCCCAAGGAGCUCGUUGUUACAUCAAAAAGUUCAGUAACAUAGUAAACGACUGCUAUGACUAUUACACCUCCAUCUCUGCGCAGGAAGAAUAUAAAGAAAAAGGCAGAUUCUUGUAUGGAGAAUCAAUGGGAGGUGCGGUUGCUUUGUUGCUACACAAGAAAGAUCCUUCUUUCUGGAAUGGUGCCCUUCUCGUCGCUCCAAUGUGUAAGAUAUCAGAGAAGGCGAAACCACAUCCAGUAGUGAUUAAUCUACUAACAAGAGUUGAAGAGAUUAUACCAAAAUGGAAGAUCGUGCCCACCAAAGAUGUUAUCGAUGCUGCCUUCAAAGAUCCGGUCAAGCGCGAAGAGAUAAGGAAUAACAAGCUGAUAUAUCAAGACAAACCAAGGCUCAAAACAGCACUUGAGAUGCUUAGAACGAGCAUGAACCUCGAAGACAGUCUCCACGAGAUCACACUACCCUUCAUUGUUCUUCAUGGUGAAGCAGACAUAUUGACCGAUCCAGAGAUUAGCAAAGCUCUGUUCGAGAAAGCAAGCUCACGUGACAAAACCAUUAAACUUUAUCCAGGCAUGUGGCACGGGUUGACUUCUGGUGAGCCUGAUGCUAACGUUGACCUUGUUUUUGCUGACAUAAUUACUUGGCUUGAUGACCGUACCGGCGACUCCGCUUCACUCACUGUCACUCCGGUCCGAGAUGUCACCGCAAAAAAGGUCCUUGAAAAGGUCGUUGAAGGCGCUUGUAAUGAUCAAGGGAAGCCUAAAAGGCAAUAUGCUAGUCUCCUUUGUGGCUUAAACGGUGGUGGACGCCGUUUGGUCCAUCGAUCUUCUAUGUAAUAACCUAAUCACUGGAGAGAAUAAUCUGUUUCCUUUGUGUUCAUUUUGUAUUAAGCCUUGUUCUUGUUCUCGGACCUACUUAAUAAUAUCAGGGUCUAAAAAAUAAAAUUAUUUAUCAUCUAAACUU